AUGCGACUGAGGCACACAGGCCCCACGCCACAGCAGGAUCUGAGCGUUUCCCAUUCCAAAAGCGCCAUUUUCAAAAUGAGACUCAGAGAGAGAUUGAGAGGAGAGAAAGAGAGAGAGAGAGAGAGAGAGAGAGAGAGAGAGAGAGAGAGAGAGAGAGAAGAGAGGAGAGAGAGAGAAAGAAAGAGAGAGAGAGAGAGAGAGAGAGAGAGAGAGAGAUACACACACAGAAAGAGGAGAAAUAGAGAAAGCCCCGAGAUCUUACAACACAGGUUGAGACGAAGGUCACAGAGUCCACAGCCGACUGACUACCUGGGGAGAGGGGUGCACUGGCUCCUUAAAUACCACACUGUGUGCACUUAA